AUGGUGGGAUCGAGAGGGGUGGCUUUUACCCAGAUUAAUCUGCAUCACAGCAAAGGGGCCUUGGCUGUUUUGGCCAGGCAACAAACUGAGAAGCAAACAUGCAUAUCACUGAUGCAAGAACUCUGGGUAAUCCAGGGUUGCAUCAGGGGCUUGGCGGCUUGCGGUAGGCUAUUUAGGGCCCCAUCAGUGGAUCGGCCCAGGGCCUGCGUGGCCGUCAAGGGUAUGGAAGCCCAGCUAAUACCUCCCCUGUGUUCCAGAGACGUUGCGGCUGUAGAAGUGGAUUUCACUGCUGACUCCGGUGACAGGAGGAAAAUGGUCGUUUGCUCGGCCUACUUCUCGCAUGACGAGAGGGAGGCGGUGUCGCCUGCACCGGUGAUGAAACUGACAGAAUACUGCCAGGAGAAGCGGCUUUCCCUGAUCAUGGGAUGUGACGCUAACGCGCAUCACACUGUGUGGGAAAGCUCGGACACCAACGAAAGAGGAAGGAAAGUGUUGGAGUUCCUAGCAUCCACGGAUCUGGAGAGUCUCAACACGGGAGACGAGCCCACCUUCUGCACUAUAACGAGAAGAGAAGUGCUCGACAUCACUGUCUGUUCCAGGCAGUUGAUACAGGAGGUAGUGGAAUGGAGGGUCUCGACGGAGCCUUCGCUUUUGGACCACAGGCAGAUCACCUUCAUCAGGAUAGCUAAGGCUAGGGGGAAGGGGGUAAAAUUCAGAAACCCGAGGAGAACCAAGUGGGAUUCUUAUAGGGAAGACCUGGCCAGUAGUCUCAGAGGCUUCCCUAAGAGGCACGGGACAGAAGACAAACUGGAGACCUGUGUGGACUACUUGCAGAAGUCUCUGGUAAACUGCUACGAAAGUAAUUGCCCCGAAAGGGCGGUUACAAAUAGUAGAGGAACUUUCUGGUGGACCCCUGGACUGCAGGGUCUCAGAGUGGCGGCUCGCAGGGCCUGGAAUAGUGCUAGGAAUACAGGCCGCCAACCCGACUGGGAGCUCUCUAGGAGGGCACAGAAGGAGUAUAGAGACUCGGUGGUUAGGGCGAAACUGGAAAGCUGGAGGAAGUUUUGCGAGGAAGUAGAGGGAAUGCCCGAAACGGCAAGAAUCUGCAGGAUCCUCGCUAGGAACCCUGGAAGCCAUCGCACUCCCUGA